UUUUUUUGGUAGUAUGGGCGCUUUACCAGUGGUAUUGGAUGGUAUGGGAUUGAAUGUUAAUGCUAUUGGGAAAGCAUGUCCUCCUCUUGAUCAAGAUGAUAUCUCUGAUGGAUCCGUUUCAAGUCAAUAUCCUACUACACCGAAAUAAUCCUUUCCCUGCCGUAUCUUUUUUUUUUUAUUAUUCUUUCUGUUUGUUUCACAUUCUUCAUUUUAUUUUAUCUUUUUAUUCAUUCCCUUACAUUUCAUUCAUUCAUAUAUACAUACUUACAUACACACUUACAUAUAUAUCUCUCUACACUUAUUUUAUAUUCAUUAUUUUCAUAUUUCAUCCCCUUUAUUAUCAUUAUUUUUAUUAUUAUAUUAUCAUCACUUUUUAGUUUGUACUCUAGUUAUACUUCAAACACAAUAAAAUAAAAUAAAAUACCUUUUUCGUAUUUAAUUUAUGUGAUUCAAUAAAGACAACAAAGAAUAG